AGGGCAAGAUGUUUAGAACUUGCGAAAGAUUGUGUGUAAAUGAAUAAUUUUAAUACUCAUCUGAAUCUAACCUCAAAAACAACUUACUGCUUAAGUGCUUAGUAGUGUCUUAUGACAUCAUUCUUAUAACAAAAAUCUACCAAAUUUUAAAAAAAAAUAAAAAAAAAAAAUCCAUGUAAAAAGGACACACUAACAAAUCCCAAUAAAAACAUGGCAUGCUUUUUUCUUUUGUAAUUUUUUCUUUCAUUUUUUCUUUCUUAUGGUUGACUGACCAUUUAUUACAUACCCUUCUAAAAAUCAUCCAUUAUUCCUCUCACUUUUUCCUCUUUUCUCCAUCUAUAUAUAAUAUAUAUACAACACAAUCAAAUUCCUCUACCAUAAUAUAUUUGAAAUAGACCGUUUGUCACAAUUUCUUUCUCAUUAGAAUUAACAAUCAUAUACUAUAUAGUUUAAACUUUAAUUUAUACUUUGGCCAAAAAAUAAAAUACAAUGGCAUACAUUAACAGCCUCCAUAACAACUUCUCUUCCCUAGGUUGCUUGGAUCUACACAACCUUGGAGUUCUCAACGCAGACAUAUCAUCUUAUGAUAUGGAGAACAAUAAUGCAGGAUCAUUAUUGAUGUUACCAAGUUCAGAUUAUGGUAAUAAUUACUCUAAUAAUCUCCUCUCGACGGGGUACCUUGAAGAUGCUUUGAUCGAGUUUAGUGUUCGAUUUAAACGAAGACGUGUUAUGGUAUCUUCCAAUAAUGAUAGUUAUCAUUAUGGUGGUAAUUAUGAUCACCAUGAUCAUGAUAAUCAGUUUGCAACUCGUCAUCCUUUUGAUGAUCUUAGUUGUUGGAGUAACUUGUUUGCCAACUACAACAUGCAAUCAGAAGAUCAGGAAUUAAGCCAUGCAAGUUUGCUUAAUCAUGAUCACAUGCAUUACUCCUUAGGGGGAAUUAUGGAGAAACCAGCUAAUAAGGAAAUGUACGAGGAAGUAGUUAAAAUAGAAGAAACAAACACAUUACUACUAGAAGAAGCAAUCACAAGUUCUCCAAAGGUUAUGGACUUGUCUUCUUACUCCAAACACAAUAAUUCAUUCAACUCAAAAUCUACAACUUUUGCUUACAACAGUGACACAAAUUCUACGGAUUCUUCGUCAAUUUCUGACGAGAGGGAAAAGAAGAAGAUGAAGAAGGCAAACACGACUUCGAAAAUGGUAUACCCAUUUGGGCUAGUGAAGCCAGGGGGAGAAGAGGGGGAUGUAACCCUGAAAGACAUAAACCAAAGGAUAUUAAUGCCUCCUACUAGACCCCUCAAACACCCUGUGGGGGACUUUGCUUGUCGCCCCGCCGUGUCGCCCCAUGGCCCCGGGUUAUCAGGCAAGGCUGUGGUUGCCUUGACCAAAAUUCACACCCAAGGUAGGGGUACCAUUACCAUCAUUAGAACCAAGGGUUGACGUAUAAUCAACAUUAAAUUAGGGUCAAAAAAAGAAAACAAACUGUGGAUAUAUGUACCAUGUAUUAUAAAUUUCAUUGUACUAUUUUUACUUAUUAGAAUGUCAAUCUCCUUUUGACUUAGAUCUUAAUAUAUAUAUGUAAAUUGAGCAACUUUAGUACGAAAGAAAUACAAGUA